CCAUUUUCGAUCUUCAUUGUCAACACACGUCUUUGGAAGCCGUAGGACUGUCUUUCUAAGCCGGGCAAGGAAGGAAAUAUGCCUCGUGAAAUAAUAACACUGCAGCUUGGACAAUGUGGGAAUCAGAUUGGAAUGGAAUUUUGGAAACAGCUGUGUGCUGAGCAUGGGAUUAAUCCAGAGGGAAUUCUGGAAGAUUUUGCAACAGAGGGAACAGAUCGAAAGGAUGUCUUCUUUUAUCAGGCUGAUGAUGAACAUUACAUCCCCAGAGCUGUUUUGCUGGACCUGGAGCCCCGGGUUAUCAACAGCAUCCUGAACUCUCCCUACGCCAAUUUGUAUAACCCUGAAAAUGUCUACCUGUCCAAACACGGGGGUGGGGCAGGUAACAACUGGGCCAGCGGUCAUUCUCAGGCUGAGCGUCUAUAUGAGGAAAUCUUUGACAUCAUUGACAGAGAGGCUGAUGGAAGUGACAGUUUGGAGGGUUUUGUGCUGUGUCAUUCCAUAGCAGGGGGAACUGGCUCAGGAAUGGGCUCCUACAUGUUGGAGAGGCUAAACGACAGAUUUCCUAAGAAGUUGAUACAGACAUACUCAGUGUUCCCCAACCUGGAUGAAAUCUCUGAUGUUGUUGUUCAGCCGUAUAACUCUAUCCUCACGCUGAAGAGGCUUACUCAGAAUGCUGACUGUGUGGUUGUCCUGGACAAUACAGCCCUGCAUAGGAUCGCAGCUGACAGGCUACACAUAGAGAACCCCACCUUUAUGCAGAUUAACCAGCUGGUCUCCACUGUGAUGUCAACCAGUACAACGACAUUACGAUACCCGGGUUACAUGAACAAUGACCUGAUUGGUCUGAUUGCCUCGCUUAUCCCCACCCCUAGGCUGCACUUCCUGAUGACGGGGUACACACCACUAACCACAGACGCUAAGGUAGCCAGUGUGAGAAAAACAACGGUUCUGGAUGUAAUGAGGAGACUUUUGCAACCCAAGAAUAUGAUGGUGUCUACACCUGUGCACCGACAGGCCAACCACUGCUACAUCUCCAUACUGAACAUCAUUCAGGGGGAAGUGGACCCCACACAGGUACACAAGAGUUUACAGCGAAUCCGUGAGCGAAAACUGGCACAGUUCAUCCCGUGGGGACCAGCCAGUAUCCAGGUGGCGCUGUCAAGGAAGUCCCCGUACAUACAGACGGCACAUCGUGUCAGUGGGCUUAUGCUGGCCAACCACACCAGUAUAUCCUCACUGUUUGAGCGGACCUUACGUCAGUUUGACAAAUUGAUCAACAGGCAGGCCUUCCUUGACCAGUUCAAGAAAGAGGACAUUUUUAAGGAGAAUUUGGACGAGUUUGAUGAUUCCCGGGAGGUUCUGCAACAGCUGGUGGAUGAAUACCAGGCUGCGACCAGGCCAGAUUACUUGUCAUGGGGUCUGAAUCGAGCUUCAGAAACACCUGGCACCUGAUCUGACCUAAGACAAAUUUUUCUGGAUUUGGAGAAACAGCCUCAAAAAGAACUGGUUGUGUCAGGUGGUGACAUUGAGAUAUUGAGUGGAACUUAGUGUGACAGUGCCUGAAACUAUGCAAGACAGUUGUAUACUGGAAAUCGUUGAUCUGUGAAGUGUAGCCUGGAACGCCUGGUCUUUCUUAUUGGAGCAACACAGCACUGGAGGUGCUGAUUCAUUCUCAACUCAACUUGCGGACAGUCGUCGGUAUCCCCGGGGCUCUGCUCGGUUGCCUCACACCAUAAUACUGGCUGCCAUUGUAGAAGUGAAAUAUUCUUAAAUACGAUGUAAAACACCAAUCAAAUAGAUCAUUAUCAGUUCUGGUGUUCAGUAGGUUACAAGACUCAGUUAUGGCCCAUCACCAAGGUAGGUGUCUAAGGGAAGAUAACUCAGUGAUAGAGUCCAAUUAAUUAUACCACUGAAUUACCUACCCUCCCUAAGACAACACCCAGGUGGCGCAGCCUGUCUUGGUGAUGGGUGAUAACUGAGUAUAAGCUGAAUCAGCAUUUCAGGAAUUUCCAGAUUUGUUGAAAAAGGUGGGUGUUCUCACAAACUAAUGCGGCUAAAAGACAUGAUUUUAGGUUAGCUGCUAAAAGUGGAGUUGAGCCAACAGACCUGACAAUGCAAGAUGUAUAUGCAGUCCUGCAAAUACAGUGAAAUCUUGUCUUUUAGCCAUGUUAGUGUGCGAGAGACCCCACUCUUCAAAUCUGCGUGAUCUCUGGAGACUCCUAAAACCCUCAUUCAGCUCGUUGUUUCCUGUUGGAAAUGGAUCUUUCCAUUGGUUAUAGGAUUGUUUCCCUUUGAAGAGGGUAGUGCGACCACACUCUGUGAUCUCAAAUCAAAAUGAAGGAUUUGACGUUUAAUUAGCAUGGUUAGGUGAGCAAACUUCCUGUUUAUAUAUAUAUAUAUACACACACACCCUUAUUCCUCAACCUGUUUGCAUAUGAAAGAGCAACUUUCAGUGCAGUUUCUGCACAUUUUUAAUUUGAUUUUGGGGACAAGACUACAUUGACUGGAUUGACCAAUUUCAUGGCUGCACAAAAAGUACAGUUUUCUCAGUCAGCACAGAAUAAUGCCUUCUGAAUAUGCCUGAAUAAACACUUCGAAAACAUGUGAAAAGGUUGAGGAAUUACAGGAAAGGUAUCAAUCAAGGUCAGCGAUUUGCCAACUCCAUUCUGAUCUGUUAAGUAACUUAAUAAUUCUAAUUGUCCGUGCUCGUGUUCUCAGUCAGUCAUGCAGCUGAUUUCAAGUGCGUUUUUCCCACAGGCUCUUCAAAUCCUUGGAAGUCCUUUCAUUUUAUUGAUGGGUUUUCAUGGCCUUGAAAACGAGUUAAUACAUGUAUGAUAGUGUGCUAAUAUGUCUUAAAUGGUCUGACGAAUGGGUUACAUGUUCAUACUCCAAAAUAGUGUUCCUUAAUCUCUUUGUAAAAGUUUGUUCUUGCGCUGAAUGAUUUUUGAUAGUGCUGGAAAACACACAGGAUAGGUCGUCCUUGAAAAACAUGCUCUCAUUACGAUUUUGCUGCAAACCCCACUCAAUCACUCUCUCAAUAUUGCUGUAGUAUCGCAGAAACGACGUCAAGCCAUCAUUUAGUCAUUUUUCUAGGGGAAUUUUGAUCUGUGGGGAGAAAUACAGCUAAAUGGGGUGCAGAGUAGUUCAGAAAGUCAGUUUGUCCACUCUAGUCUCGUUUGGUUUUGCAGGCUUCAUGUGGAGUGCUAAUUAAUCAUACAAUUUCACUCUGCUACAUUAUUUUGGGAUGAUAUUAUUACAGCUUGCUGUUCCCACCUUCUACAUGUGUGCUUACGUUUGAUGUGUGGUAUAUAGUGUCAAUAAGGCAAGUUUUGGUUCUGUUUCAUGACAUCACUGUUUUGUUUCUGCGUGUAAAUAAAUACUCCGU